GGUGUCUUGCCGGUGGACGUCGCGCCUUCUGUUAGGCCUGCACGGUCCGCUCUGAUGAUUUGACAGCUGAAUGUUGCAGGUAUCUUUAUGAACGAACUCUCUCUCUGUAAACAUGGUGCGAGCAUGGAUAUUGAACGAGACGGCGGAAGAUCAGCGGUUACCUCACAUGACGGACCCGCCUCAGUUUGUCACCUUAGAGGAUCUCAAAGCAAAAGUCGGAGUUUUGUACUGGAAGUUGAGUGGAGAGCCCGACGACAGCCAGCUCGCCAAGAUUCGCGCAGAGCGUGGUUACAACUACGAAGAUACUAUUGACGUCGCGCCCGACAAACUACCAGACUACGACAAUAAGAAUUAUAUCAAAGCCAUUCGACUGUUGGGAACACCUGUCUGGACUGCAAUUAAUAGAUCGUGUGAGAAUCACCCCGCACGCAUCAACUACGUCCAGAAGGCAGCUUCAUAAUAUGAGGGCAGCAGACGUAGAGGGCAGCUUCAUAAUAUGAGAGCAGCAGACGUAGAGAGCAGCUUCAUAAUGUGAGGGCAACAGCAACAGCUAUAACAUGUAUCUGAACUCUCAACUUACAUCCGACGCCAUAUAACCGUAAAUAAAAUGUGUAGAGUGCGUCGUUAAAUAAAACAUUUCCUGCUCAA